CGUUAACCCCCUCCGACGCGAGAUUUCUAGGAUACGUGAUUCGAUCUAGAGAAUACUUUGUUUUUUCGUUUGUUGUGUCGUUGGAACCCUAGAUAUCGUUCGAAUUGGGGUCUGAUAGCAUCUGGAUGAUUAGUAUUUGAUUCUCGGCGCUAAUUUGUGCCCAACGAUCAAUCCAUGUGAAGCGUUGCAAAAGAUCGAUCUUUUUGGAUGAAAACAGUGUGCUUCAGUGACAAAUUAUGAUCUCGAAGAGUAUGGUUGAUGAUUGUUUUGGGUUGACACUGAAUCAUUCACAAAUUCUACACCAUUUCUUAUCAUGUAUUUGAAAGAGGGUCGCUUGUUACUGUCGAGGGCCCGAAACUCCAAAGUUCCAAUCUUUCUCAGCAUGAACUUGAUCUCCGAGCAAGGACAAGUCGGUAUUCCGAAUGCAACUCCGAUGAGAGAGAUUGAUGUUCUGAAGAGGAUUCGAAAUGAGCGCGACAUUGUUGUGGCCGUAGAGUUCUUCAAAUCGCUUCCUCACUCGAAAGCUUUCGAGCACACGCCCCGCACUUACCAAUUGAUGAUAGAGAAACUGGCGAGAGAGAACGAGAUGGAUUCUGUUCAAUACCUACUUCAGCAAAUGAAGCUGGAAGGAAUGGUUUGCUCGGAGGAGACCUUCGUCGCCGUCAUAAAUUCCUAUGCUCGAAUCGGAUCGGCUGAGCAAGCCCUAAAGACGUUUUAUCGAAUCCAUGAUUUGGGUUGCAGGCCGACGGUGAGAAUCUACAACCAUCUUUUGGAUGCGCUGCUUAAAGAGAACAAGUUUGGCAUGAUCAGUCCGAUCUAUAGUAAUAUGAAGAAAGAUGGAAUGGAACCCAAUGUGUUUACUUACAACAUCCUGAUCAAAGCUCUGUGCCAAAACGAUCGAGUGGAUGCCGCUCAGAAUCUUCUUGUGGAGAUGUCGAGUAAAGGGCACUGUCCAGAUGAGGUUAGCUACACGACAAUAGUAUCCGCUCUUUGUAAUUCUGGUAAAUCGAGCGAAGCUAAACAGCUUGUAAUGAGGAUUACUCCUUUUUCGCCUUGUUACAAUGCUCUAAUUGAUGGGAUGUGUAGAGAAUUUAGAAUACAAGAUGCUGUUUCUUUGGUGGAUGAAAUGGUGGAUCGGCGUGUAGGCCUUAAUUCGGUUACCUAUACUGCUAUAGUAAAUGCACUUUGUAAGAAAGGGGACUUGAAGAUGGCUUGUGCUGUUCUUGCACAAAUGCUUAAAAGAGGUUGUUGUCCUAAUGUCAUUACUUUCACCGUAUUGAUGAAAGGGUUUUUUGAUGAAGGUAGAGUAUCCGAAGCUCUCGAAAUCUGGAAUUGGAUGAUAGAAGAAAAAUGGGUACCUAAUGUUGUCGCAUACAAUGUUAUGAUCCAUGGUCUUUGCAAUAAUGAGAAUCUGGAGAAAGCCUUAUUAUUCUUUAGAGAAAUGGAACAAAAUGGUUUCCCUCCAAAUGUUCGAACUUACUGUACUCUUAUUGAUGGCUUCUCAAAAGCGGGAGAAGUAGAAGGUGCUGUAUGUAUGUGGAACAACAUGAUGAAUAGCGGUUGCAAGCCUAAUGUCGUUGUGUAUACAAGUAUGGUGGAUGUAUUUUGUCGGAAGUUCAUGUUUAAUCAUGCCCAUAACCUUAUCAGGAACAUGACGUCCGAAAAUUGCCCUCCAAAUACAGCGACAUUUAACGUGUUGAUCAAAGGUCUCUGUAACUGUGGCAGGGUAGGCUCGGCUCUAAGUAUAUUGGAUGAGAUGAGAAAAUAUGGGUGUUCGCCGGACACUACGACCUAUAAUAAGUUGCUUCAUGGGGUUUACCAAGAAGGAAACUACAAAGAAGCCUUUCAACUGGCGAAUGAGAUGCUAGAUUGCGGAUUUGAGUUGAACUUAGUAACGUAUAACACGAUGAUACUUGGCCUUUGCCGGUUGAACAUGACCAACGAAGCUUUACUAUUAAUGGGGAAAAUGACAGUUCACGGAGUUGUACCCGACUCGCUUACCUAUAAUACAAUUCUUAACGCCUAUUGUAAAGAAGGUAGAGUUAGGGAUGCAGCUCGGCUUUUAGGCGGAAUGGUUUCAACAAGCAGUUCACGAGAUGUAGUUGCGUAUACUACUUUAAUUUCCGGCCUUUGCAAUCAACAGAGAAUACAAGAUGCAAUGGUUUAUCUCUUAAAGAUGUUAUAUGAAGGCAUUUGCCCAAAUGUUGCCACAUGGAAAGUGUUAGUGCGUGGUGUAUUUGUUGAGUUGGGUGUUCCUGGGUUAGAUAAGAUUGUAGAAGAUAUCCUAGCGGAAGGACGAUGGGAAUAGUGGCAUGAACAUUGGGAAUUUUUCUGUUUGUCCUUCCUUUAGAUAAUCAGUGAAACCUUUAAGAUUCAAAAUGCUAUAUUGCCGCUGGGAUGAAUUGGCAUUUUGUACCAAUUGUUGCGGCUUGAUUAACGUGCCUUUUUAAAUACACUUGCUUUACAUGAGCUCGGAAACAGCAAUGUACACCUGUUGUACUUGUAUAGAAAUAAUAGUAAUUGAUUAAUAUCCAA